UAUAUAUUUCCCUUCUGGCAUCGAUGCCAGAAUCAAUAUAUUGUCCAUUGGUGAUUGCAUCUGAACAUGGUAUUGUAACUUAUCGCUGACAGUCACAUAAAUGCCUGCUGUCUUCACGGAGACAUCGGCAAACAAUUACCUUCGGUCAUGGAGCCACAGGUACAUCUCAAUCCAUGUUUGGAAAUGAACAGGUUACAGCCGCAAAAUGGACGCCAAGCGUCGAUGGCACGGGGGGGUCCCCCGCCCCCUGGAUCAAAUCCACCCUGCGCCGGUUCACGCCGUCAUGGACUUCUACCAGGGUUACUUGUGAUUGCCUGCUACCUUUCGUUCACCCCCUCCUCUCUCAAGUAUAUAUAUAUAUACACACAUACAGUUACAGCGUAGCAGCGGCGUAGCAAGUUCUUCUUUGCCGUGAUUGGCAGUUGUUUUGGAACUUCCCGGAACUUCCCACGGCGAGGCCGAUGAAGCCUUGAUGGUGUCGAAAGUUUGUAUUUUGGGAAAGCUCCGUCAGGCUGACGCCAUCCGGUAGCUAAUGUUGCACGUUCGCUUUGAUGGUCACUCAGGUGGUGGUUUUGCAGAGCUUUGCGCGUUGCCAGCACUACAACCCAGCUGUGACAUCUUGGCGCAGCGACCAGAGAUUGAUGGCAACUGCUCCACGUAUUUGGCCGGCGCAGCUUUGGCCCGAUUGCUUCCGGGCGACGAAAUUAAACCUCACUUUGAUAGCCAUUGCAGGCUGUCGGCGCAUUUGGGUUUGCGAGCUGUAGAAGGUGCCUCCAUGAUGGUGGGUGGAAAGAUCUCCUCGUGGCAAGAGGGUCGAACGUUGGUCUUUGACGACACCUAUGUGCACAGCGUGCGGCAUCACGGCGUUGCGCCAAGGUACGUUUUGGUAUCUUGGUUCUGCCACCCAUGUGAUUUAACUUGGCGCAAGAAGUUGCCCAGUGAAUGGCUAGAAAUGAACCCACUUCCAAAAUGGUGUGGAGAAGGUGGUGGACACCCACCUGUCGAGGGCUAUGGCGAGAGGUUGUGAGCUGCCUUGAAAAGUGAUAAAGAGUAGCGAAUAGUCUGAUGCACACAGUGACUGUGACAGGCAUUUUUGCUUAAAACGAUGUACGACAGAAAAUACUCUACAGACUUACAUCCCGGUCCAAGCUUAGAUUGGACCUGUUCCUGCUUCUCUUCUUUCUGUUUCAUUUUAUCGCGCCCAAAAAGGUACCUGCUGGACCUGGAGUUGGAGUCACCAGAAGGCACAAAGAUUGCCG